AUGUUCAAGCUUGCCCGCAGUCGUCCUGUCGCUGCGGCUUUCAGAGCCGCGACUCAGUCCUCCUCUCGUCUGGCUCAGCAGCAGCAGCGUAACCUCUCCAUCCACGAGUACCUGUCUGCGCGCCUCCUCAAGCAGUAUGGCAUUGGUGUCCCCAAGGGUGAGGUCGCUCACUCCCCUGAGGAGGCAGAGGCUGUCGCUCGUUCCAUCGGUAACGACGAUCUGGUUAUCAAGGCUCAGGUUCUCGCCGGUGGUCGUGGUAAGGGUACCUUCGACAACGGCCUGAAGGGUGGUGUUCGCGUCAUCUACUCCCCUACCGAGGCCAAGAUGUUCGCCGGCCAGAUGAUCGGCCAGAACCUCGUCACCAAGCAGACCGGCGCCGGUGGCCGCCCUUGCAACUCCGUCCUGAUCUGCGAGCGCAAGUUUGCCCGUCGCGAGUUCUACCUCGCUAUCCUCAUGGACCGUGCCACCCAGUCCCCCGUCAUCGUUGCCUCCUCCCAGGGUGGUAUGGACAUCGAGACCGUCGCCAAGGAGAACCCCGAUGCCAUCAUCACCACCCCCAUCGAUAUCCACAAGGGUGUUACCGACGACAUCGCCCGCACCAUCGCUACCGACCUCGGUUUCUCCGAGCAGUGCAUCGAGGAUGCCAAGACCACCAUCCAGAACCUGUACAAGGUCUUCAUGGAGCGUGAUGCCACCCAGAUCGAGAUCAACCCCCUGUCCGAGACUUCCGACCACCAGGUCCUGGCCAUGGACGCCAAGCUCGGCUUCGACGAGAACGCCGAGUUCCGCCAGAAGGAGGUCUUCUCGUGGCGCGAUACCACCCAGGAGGAUAUGGAUGAGGUCAAGGCCGCCGAGCACGGCCUGAACUUCAUCAAGCUUGACGGUGACAUUGGCUGCCUGGUCAACGGUGCUGGUCUCGCCAUGGCCACUAUGGACAUCAUCAAGCUGAACGGCGGUAGCCCCGCUAACUUCCUCGACGUCGGCGGUGGUGCUACUCCCGCUGCUAUCAAGUCCGCCUUCGAGCUCAUCACCAGCGACCCCAAGGUCUCUGCCGUCUUCGUCAACAUCUUCGGUGGUAUCGUUCGCUGCGACGCCAUCGCCCAGGGUCUCAUCAACGUUGUCCAGGAUAUGGGUCUGCGCACCCCCAUCAUUGCCCGUCUCCAGGGUACCAACAUGGAGCAGGCUCACAAGCUGAUCAACGAGUCCGGCCUGAAGAUCUUCUCCAUCGAGGACCUCCAGACCGCCGCCGAGAAGUCCGUCCAGUUCUCCAAGGUCGUCAAGAUGGCCCGUGACAUCGACGUCGGCGUUGAGUUCACCCUUGGAAUCUAA